AUGGCAGACGAUAUCUCACGGGUGAACCGUGACCAGAUAGAGGUCGAGGCCGAGAAGGAACGGGUUGAAAAUGUCGAACACAUUGCCCAACCAAAGCAAGAUGGCCUACCUCAGAUGGACCCAGCUCGCCGGAUAGUUGUCGAGAAACAGCUUAAGCGCAAGCUCGAUGCCCGGUGCAGUUUGUUUGUCGCGAUCUACAUCAUGAACUACCUUGAUAGAAACAACAUGGCUGCGGCUCGCCUUAAGGGUCUGCAGGAGGAUCUGAGCCUGAGCAACACAGAGUACUCGACAUGUUUGAGUAUCCUCUACGUCGGGUACAUCAUCAUGCAGGUCCCUUCCAACAUGUUCAUCAACCGCAUCAGCCGGCCCUCGCUCUACAUUGCCUUGGCUAUGUUAGGGUGGGGUCUUGUCUCCACCUUGUCUGGCAACACCAAGAACUUUGGUCACAUGGUGGCUGUUCGUUUCCUGCUGGGUUUCAUCGAGGCAGCCUUCCUGCCCGGUGCCUUGCUCAUCCUUUCCAAGUGGUACACACGCCGCGAAUUGACUACCCGGAACGCUAUCCUGUUCUGUGGUAAUCUCAUCUCUAAUGCAUUCUCUGCACUCGUUGGUGCCGGUGUCCUGUCCAAUAUGCAAGGCGUCAUGGGCCAUGCUGCGUGGCGCUGGCUUUUCUGGAUUGAAGGCGCGGUGACUAUGUUCCUCGCCAUCCUUGCCGCUUUCAUCUUGCCCGAUCUACCGCACAAUGCGCGCGGAUUCACUGAGGAAGAGCGUCAAGUUGCGCAGCUUCGCAUGAUCGAGGACGUCGGCGAGGCUGACACCGAUAGUGAAGAACUUGGUGCCUUUGGCGGUCUAAUUAUGGCUCUCAAAGACUCCAAGAUCUAUGUGAUGAUGUUCACGUUCGUCGCGUACGUGGUCGGGCUGAGCUUCAAUGCUUUCUUCCCUACCCUCACUGGUACUCUCGGAUUCGGGUAUGUCCCGACUCUGCUGAUGAGCGCACCUCCCUGGGUCUUCUCCUGCAUUGUCUCCGUCAUUAAUGCAUGGCACGCGGACAAAACCCAAGAAAAGGUCUGGCACAUCUUGGGCCCUAUCGCCAUGGGUGCCGUUGGUUUCAUCAUCUGCAUGGCCACCAGCAACGUCGCAGCUCGCUACGUCGCACUAUUUCUGCAAGCCGGUUCCUACGCAGGAUUCAUUUUCCUCAUUCCCCCGCCCCCCGCCAAGCGAGCUGUUGCCAUUGCCAUGAUCAACGCCUUCAGUCAACUGGGCAAUGUCGCUGGUUCAUAUGUUUGGGACUUGGAUGAUAAUGGGUUCCGCUCCAGCUACGGAAUCGUGUUGGCCAUGUUCGGUGUCACAGUCGGCGGAUGCUGGUAUUUCCGCCGGAUGCUGCAGGGCUUGAACAAGCAGCUCGAGGAGGGUGAGCUUGCCGAUGUUGGUAGAGAGGGGUCGACCGAGAACGAUAUCCUCGAACACCCAGACGAGUCGCUACGUAUGCGCAAGGGUUUCAGGUAUCUCGUUUAA